AUGAACAUGGAGGAGCGUGUCUACAGUGUUCGGGUGACUGCCACAGACGAUGCGGGGUUGGUCGGAGUGGAUACAUGCCACAUUGUAGUUGGCGCGGAAAACGACAAUGCACUCGCUGCUCCGCAGAGGGACUUGAAAGCAAAGAAAUCUGUCCGUGGAGCAGCUGACAAACACCUUGACGACGUCAUUGCCAACUCAGAUUCUGCCAAAGCAUAUGAGCUUACUGUCAAAUGUUUGGCAUUUGACAGUAUGUAG